UCUCUUUUCUUUUUUCUCUCUUUCAUUCUUUUCUGGCUUUCGGGUUUGUGCUUGGCUCGUUUCGUCGUUGCUGCACAGCAAGUCUUUGAUGCUUGGGGUAAACGCUGCGUUUUGAUCUCGGGGAUCUGCGUGGCUGGCUCGGCUGUGCAAUCGGAGUGGCUCACCGGAGAUUGCCACGUGCGUAUGCGACCGAGUGAGCUGCGUUAUUAUCGUUGCGGCGGUGAAGAAGAAGAAGAAGAAGAAGAAGAAGAAGAAGCAGAGUUGAGCUGGGUUUAGGGGUUUGCCAGCUGAGUUUUGUUGCUUCAGUGAUUGAAACUCCGAGUUCAAUUUGGCCAUGCGUGCAUGGUUGGUUCAAUUUGGAAGCAUGAUAUGGCUACUCUGGCUGGUUGAUCAUUUUCGCAGUUUCGGCGAGAAAAAAUUGAGUUUGUUGGCGAAGCUAAUGUUGAAUUUAGAGCUAGAGUUGCCGGAGAGUUUCUGGGUUUUGUAUUGCUGAAGAUUUGAGGAGGGACGGCGGUGAUCGGUGAAAAGGGCCGAUCUUUGAGGACAGAGAUGGAAUUUGCAACUGGUUAUACUCAGCUUGGUGGCUUUUAUAGCUGUUCUGGGUGACCAUUAUAGUGCGCUACGUUUUGCACGAAGAACCAUGCGUUGUUACUGUCAUUUCUGGGUUUGAUAGUAUCAAUAUGCAUGUUGCAUUGGGGGUGCUUGCCAAAUGCAACAGCUGAUGAUUUGGGUGGUACAUUGUGGAUGUACAGUAUGGUACAUUGAUGUGGAGAGUGUCAUGGAAGUAGGCAUGAGAAUGAAAUCAAUGGUUUGAGACUUUGAGCUGGCCAUUAAUUAUUUCCUUUUUCUGAUCUUCAGAUACGUUGCUGUAAGACUGUCAGAAAUUCGGAAAGAAGUGCAAUGCCCAAUCUGUCUAGGGAUCAUUAGGAAAACACGAACAGUUAUGGAAUGCUUGCACCGCUUCUGCAGGGAAUGCAUUGACAAGUCCAUGCGGCUUGGGAACAAUGAAUGUCCUGCGUGUCGCACACAUUGUGCUAGUCGUCGCUCUUUGAGAGAUGAUCCAAAGUAUGAUGCAUUAAUUGCAGCUAUAUAUCCGGAUAUUGACAAGUAUGAGGAAGAGGAAUUAUCUUUCCAUGAAGAAGAGAAGGCUCGCAACAAGCAGAUCCAAGCUUCCAUUGCCCAGACAUUUCGACGACAGUCUGAAGCACUUGGUAGGAAGCGUACAACAGCAAAAGCCACUGCAGCUGCUUUUAUGAGGAGAUCACAAGGUAACUAUAAAAUGAGACGGAGAAGGAACCAUAAAAAUACGUUUGACAUCCAAGGAUCUGAUGUCAAUGAGGAGGGAAAUGGUAAUGACGGAGGAAAAGAUUCAUCUUCUGCUGAUGAGCAAUUAGAACCGAGACCAAAAAGACCCAAAAGAUGGGCAGGAGCUCGAUAUUAUCAGCCUUCAUCAGCAACUGCGAAUGCAGAUGGUGAUGAUGAAAAUGAUUAUGAGGUGAAUAAAGCAGUUAUGGCUGCAUCUGUUGGGUUUAUUGGCAGCCCAGAAAGGCUUGCAUGGGGUAAAGGUGGCAUGCGGAGCCAUACACGAUAUGGAAGUUCUAGUGGUGCCAAUGGUAAGAAUGCCAGGAACCGCCUUUCGAAGCUGGUGGAAUAUCUCCGGAACUCAGAAGCUAAUGAUAAAGGGUUGGAUAUCCACCUCCUACUUGUUUCUUUUGAUGAACAAAGAAUUCCCAGCUUGCAGAGGCCAUAUCUUUGCUGCAGGCCCACCCUGUCAGUUGGACAACUAUGUCAGUAUGUUGCGGAGCAAACUGCACUGCAACCUGAUGAAGUGGAAAUAUACUUAUUAAAAGAACUACAAGCCAAAGUUAACACAUCAGACCCUACAAAUGCUGCGGUUUCUACUUCUGGUGUUUUAGAUUCAAGCAAGGAUACACUGCUUCUGUUAAGAGACAAUGAAUCAUUGGCAGAAGUUCAAGCACGCCAUCUCACUCGCGGCCAUCUGCUUUUGGCGUAUCAGAAGAAGUGGAACCUAAACCGUGGCUGAAGAUAAGCUUCUGGUAGCAAAUCUAUUUUAGUUUUUGACUAGAUAUAUAUAGUGAGCACUAGGUAAUGGUGAGCAUCAGAUCAGGUAGGUCUCUUAUUCAGAGCUUCUCCAUCAAGUGUGGUUGGUGGGCGGAUGUCUUUCCCUGGAGCUCCCCAAGUAGUCGUAGAAUGAGCACCUUAGAAGCAGACGUCUUUGAACUUUGAAGCUUAUUACAACUAUGUGAAAACAAUCUAUUUGAAUAGUUGUCAUGUUUGAUAGUCAUUUGCACCCUUUUCACAUAGGCUCAUACUCUUUCUCCUCAGUCUAGAAUUAUGAGUAAAAACCCAAAAUGAUACCUGAACUAUA